AUGCGGAGCUCACUGAGGCCCGCGCUCGGGGGUGGGACGCUUCAGCUACCGGCCUGCUUCCUAACGCUUUACAGUUGUCCAGGCAGCUGCAGCGACAUAAAUGCAGAAAAUGGUCAGGGCCAAGUAGGACUGGGGAAGUUCUGGCCAUUCCAAGGAUUCACUGCUCCAGUAUUCCGGCUCUUACAACUUAUACUCCACCAGAUUGUACCCCACGGCCUGUUCUGGACAGAUGAGAUAGCUCAAGAAUUAAUGACCAGGGUGGAGCACCUCACCCGACUUCACCUCCAGAAUCCAUGCCAGAAGGAUGGAGAGGCAGUUCUCCCCGACUACAACCACUGGGGCGAGGCAAGAAACCCUGUGAUAGGCCCCUGCUAUUUAGGGGACAAGCAAGAGAAGAAACUUCAACUCUUAUUCCCCAAGAAGAGUCCAGCAGUCAAGGUGAACAGGGACCGAUGCUUUGCCACCAGAGUAGGUCCAAAGGCCCCGAAACAAGAAGCAACCCACCCCACCAAGGGUUUCUUUGGGUCAUUCCCCACUGUGGGCCUCAACCUUGUUGCGGACUGA